GAGUGCGGAAUGUUAUCAACCACACCGCAAUCAAGAUACUAGAGUCUCGUGUCGUUGUACUUUUCAUUUUGCCACGUGAUCCGUCGACAUGAGCUCCACUGAGGUUGUGGUCGCACAAGAGAGCCAUGGGUGUGCGGCGCGGCGCCACUAUCAACUUUCCUACUCGGACGACGCAGUCAAGCAGCGCUACGACCAUAUCGUGCGCACGACGCUCCGCCUCGCGAACUCCCCGGACGUCAACAGCAAGAACGUGCUCUUGGCCCAGAAGGCCAUCAAAUAUAGACGUCACGAAAGCGACGCAAUCAACUACGACGACCCGAGCACGGACGUCUUUGAGAGCCUCGGUAUCACGUGGUGCAAAACACCAUAGGCGAGAGUGAUGUAUGUACAGUUUGUCGUCGUUGUGUAAAGUUGUAGUCAAUCUUUGUUUCGUAAUGUGUGAAUAUUGCUAACCUUAAAUGAAUAUAGUGUUGGGUUCUCAA